CUCUGCUUAACACUUGGGUAACUGAAGAUGGCGUAUUGCUUGUCCCUGUGAAAGUUUCACGUAAGUUUAUUGGUUCAGAGGAUAGAAAUAUCUAUACUGAUACAGUGGCCACCACCCAAUGUUAAUCAUUUGAAAAACAACAAGACGAAAAUCAAAAAAUGAUUUAUUUUUAAUUGUCUAGCCUAGCUCUUUUAGUAAUAUUCAAGUAGUUAUUCUUUCUAUGUCUCCUUUUCUUGCCCUUUGUAAUGACUGUUUCUGUUCUACUAAAAGAUCUAUUGUAUGCACUUAAGGUAUAUUCCAAGUAAUUAACAAAUACUUUGUAACUGGUAUUGCUUUGACCGAAGGCUUUUAAAAAUGCAUUCAAUAAAAGAUACAGUUUUUCGUCGGGUGUUAUCGUCAAUGGUGGCAUUGCUAUUAUCAGCUGUCCAAUCUUCAAAACAAUAUCUGCAGCGCAAAUUAAUAAACAGGAUAGGUGUGUUAAAUCUGUCGCACAUACCAAUCAAAAAGCUUUCGUUAAUAAACCCAAUGAUACUUCCGCACAACCUUCUGCUAUGUGCUUCAGUUUUUAAUGCUGCUAUGUAUAUCAGCUCAUACAAGUUGCGUACAAUGGCCGGUUUAGAAUUCAUACUUGAGUCCAUUAAAAUAUCAUGGUACUGUCCCUUGAUAGCACUAUUGUUAUGGAUAAUUAGAUAUAUGCAAGAUGUGAUAUAAAUAUAUAUACGUAUUACCUGACGCAGCUCCGCAACAGGGC